CAUGAUACUGACUUUGCACGGCCCACUGCUGCCGAUUCGUUCGUCCACCAUGUCGGCACUACCAAUGCGACUUCCAAUAUCUCAAACCCGUCAACUCAUUCGGCUCCAACCAUGUUGCGCACGUUCCCUCUCCACUUUCUCAGAACAUAGCGAGACUCCCCGACCCCGGGUGAAGCGGCCGCUCACCGAAAAGGAAAAGGAUCUCAUCGCAGCGAUGCUUCGAGUAGACCACGCAGGCGAACUAGGAGCCAACUGGAUUUAUAAGGGACAGAUGGCGGUUCUGGGUAAGGACCCUAAAGUGGGGCCUGUAGUGCAGCACAUGUGGGACCAGGAGAAAUUCCAUCUCAAGGUUUUUGACGACAUGAUUGCUGCAAAUCGAGUAAGACCAACGGCGCUGCGACCUUUCUGGGAGGUUGCAGGAUACGCUCUAGGAGCGGGCACCGCGUUGUUGGGCAAGGAGGCUGCCAUGGCGUGCACAGAGGCUGUUGAGACGGUGAUUGGGGAACAUUAUAAUGACCAGCUAAGAGAGCUAUUGAAGAUCGACCAUCCUGAAGUAGAUAAACUCAGGGAAGUCAUCAAACAGUUUCGUGAUGAGGAGUUAGAACACCUGGAUACGGCUGUGGAUCAUGAGGCAAAGAAGGCGCCAGUCUACCCGGGGUUGACUGCAGUGAUUCAGCAGGGCUGUAAGGCGGCGAUUUGGAUUGCCACCCGUAUUUAGAUUUGGACUCGUCAUGAAGCAGGUGUAUAUAAGGAAUACCGGAAUGCAUUUCAAUUCGGGGAGUAGGACAUCAUUCAUUGCACUACAGCAUUUUAUACAGAUGGAACCUUAGCGGUAAAAUAGGGUAGUGGGAAAUUGGGAUAUUGAGAUAUAAGUAUUCCUCCCAACAAAUGUACAAAAGUGGCUAAAGUAUGUUCAGAAUGCAUCAUCAUCGUCAUCGGGCUCUGCACCGCCUUCAUCGUAUGACAUGGCAUCGUCG